AUGAAUUCAUCAUGUAUUGAACCAGCCUUCAUCGAGCAGGUGGGUGGCAGUUCACAGCUAUAUCGUAUACCUGGAGUUUAUACUGGUUGCUCAACUAUAGAAGCUAUGUUUGCUUCUACUUUACAAGUUUUCUAUGAUAAAAUGUUCGUUGCUACUUUAAACAUUCCUUCAGAUAUAUCAAUGCAUAUUCUCAAUUUAUCUGAAAAAAGUAGAUAUACUCCAACUACACCACUAAAUCUAAUUGUACAACAACUAUUUAUCGAAGACUGGAAUGCAAACAAAUCAUUUGAACAAUAUUAUACUGGUUGUCAACCAUCGUCAUGUUCAUAUAUAGUACAAAUACAUCGGGAACCAAUUGAAGUAGUAACUGCUUUACUCGGUAUAAUUGGUGGUCUGACAACAGUUUUAAAAUUCGUGAUAUCUGGUGUUAUGGAAGGACGAGAUGCUUUAAUUGAAAAAUGUCAGAAAAAGAAAGAAACUUCAGCAGCUACCACCUUCGAUAAUAACAGUGCUGAUAAGAAUGGAAGAAAAUAUAAUAUUGACAAUAGACUUAACUUAACUAAUCUAAAUUCGGAAUUACAUUGA